AUGAAGUUCACUCCAGAGGUCCUCCUCGGCGCCCCCAGGCGAUCCUCCGCCGUUCCCAACGCCGCAGGAACACUGGCACUCUAUACGCAGACGUCCUACUCAUUCGAUUCCCAUUCCAAGACCAACGAGAUUCGUGUCCUUGAAAUCGAGUCUGGUCGGUCCGCUCUGGUCACCAACGAUCCCGGUGCCAGCAACCCGCAGUGGCUCGGCGAGAGCGACGAGCUUGUCUGGCUCAAGGCCAAGUCCAAUGGCAACACGAGCUUCAUUGUUGGAGAUGCACGCGAGGCAGACAAAACGUAUACCGCUGGUACAGUCCCCGGUCCUGUGUCGGACCUGAAGGUCACUGUUAUCGAGCCUGGAAAGAUCGGGUUCGCCGUAUCAGGUAAAGCCAAUCCGGACGGAUCGCUCUUCAACCCUCAUGAUGCGAAGAAGUCCCACACUACGGGCCGUCUCUAUACGUCUCUGUUCGUUCGUCAUUGGGACUCGUACGUCGAUCCCCAGAAGAAUGCCAUCUGGUAUGGUCUACUGGAGAGGGCACCCGUGAACCCUGCUCGUCGGCAAUCGGGAAAGUACGCAGUCUCCGGCCUCACCAAUCUCAUUUCCGUCUCGGGCCUAGGGCCGGUUGAAUCGCCGAUUCCUCCAUUUGGAGGAACGGGAGACUUCGAUAUCAGCCCUUCUGCAAUUGUAUUUAUUGCAAAGGACCCCAGCCUGAACCCAGCAACCCACACCGCUUGCUCUUGUUAUUAUGCGCCCAUGUUUUCAUGGACCAGUAUGAGCGUCUCGGAGGUGAAGCCCUGUAAGGUGAGUGGGUUGCAGGGUGCCAUGGCCUCGCCCGUUCUGUCUCCCGAUGGCGGCUCUAUUGCUCUGCUGGCCAUGCAGACGGACGGUUACGAGUCGGACAAGAACCGCAUUCUCUAUGUACCCAACCCCUGGAAUGGUGAGAUGAUAGAGAUUUUCAAGUCCGCCGACGGAAAGGGUGGAUGGCCCCUGAGCCCUGGUGCCGUGUCCUUUGCUCAAGAUGGCAAGUCAUUGCUGAUUCAGGUGGAGGAAGUUGGUCGUGGAGUCUUGUACCAGCUUCCUCUUGAAGGAGUUGAAAAGGCGACGACCAAGGCAUUGAAGAAGUUGACAUUCAAUGGCCACGUCAAUGAUGUUGCACCUGCUGCAGCCAGUUCUUCCAAGCUUUUCGUGUCAAGCUCCAACUUGGUUGACAACAGUGUAUGGUCCAUUAUCGAUCCUGCCCAUCCGGAGAAGCCCCAGUUGGUUUCAUCCAACUGUCGCGGCGGGUCUCAUUGUGGCCUGUCCUCGUCUCAAGUGGAUGAGAUUUGGUUUGAGGGAGCCGAAGGCCACAAAGUACACGCUUGGGUGAUGAAGCCGUCUCAUUUCAAGGCCGGGGAGCGAUACCCCUUGGCCUAUCUCAUUCAUGGUGGUCCUCAAGGUGCAUGGAACGACCAGUGGAGCACUCGCUGGAACCCGGCUGUGUUUGCCGAACAAGGAUACGUUGUAAUCACUCCCAACCCGACCGGUAGCACUGGGUAUGGCCAGGAGUUUACUGACGGCAUCCGCGGUGAAUGGGGUGGUCGCCCAUACGAGGAUCUUGUCAAGGGCUUUGAGUACAUUGAGAAGAACCUUGAAUAUGUCGAUACAACGCGUGCCGUCGCCCUGGGAGCUUCCUACGGAGGAUACAUGAUGAAUUGGAUUCAAGGCCACGACCUGGGUCGCAAAUUCAAGGCGCUAGUCACCCACGAUGGCGUGUUCAGCAUGACUUCCCAACUGGCUAGCGAGGAGCAAUACUUUCCUCUCCACGAUCUGAAGGGGCCGAUCUGGAAGGUCCCCGAGAACUGGGCUAAAUGGGACCCGUCUCGGUUCACGGAGAACUGGGCAACGCCUCAUCUGAUCAUUCACAAUGAGUUGGACUACCGACUGACGAUUGCCGAGGGCCUGGCUGCAUUCAAUGUGCUGCAGAUGCGCGGCGUGGAGAGUGCAUUUUUGACCUUUCCGGACGAGAACCACUGGGUGUUGAAUCCGGAGAACUCGCUGAUGUGGCACCGCACAGUGUUGAAUUUCAUUAACAAGUAUGCGGGACUGCCCCCUGUUGCGGAUGAGCCUGAUCUGAGCUCGGAGAUGGGCAAGCUGGCUCUUUGA